AUGGACCAGGCUUCCCGACUGUUGCACGCUCCUAACGCCUCCUUCUCUUCCACCCCACCUGCCUCGCCAGCUGACACUUCCUUUCAAAACUUUGGUCGUCGCCUUGAAUUCUACGUAGCCCUAUCUGACCAACUUCAAUCUCCACAUCUAUCCAUUCAUCUAUCCCCAUUGCGCUUCAACCCCAUGUCUGGUUCUAAUAUCCCACUUAAGCAAUCCCAUGUUGUCACGGUCUCUGGUGUGGUAGAAAACAGUGCAGUGCACCCUCCCUCAGAUAAUUGCAAUUAUUUGUAUCGGUCUUGCACUGUUGCCAUUACUUGCAAUGGAUGGAACGGUGACAACAAGAAAGAAUACGACGGCAACUUCACGGCGUACUGCUCCUCUCUUCAAGUGCCACAUGAAGGCGAAUGCUAUUGCACUAAAGCACGUUUCUUACCAUCGAAAGACUCUGCUGAUUUUAAUAUGUAUUAUGAGGCCGAACACAAGAUUUUUGUCGGCACCAGCGAAACUUUCACCGGUGUGCUUCACAAUAACACGGCCCUUUCUGGUCUUGGUGUUGUCUCCAGCCGAUGGACUAUGCCCGACGAGGACGAGACCAAGUCGACCUUGUGUUUUGUCAUGAAGCACAUUGAUUAUCAGCCUCAAUCUCGCAAGAACCAGUACUUCAAAAUAGAGUACCGCAUCCGUCCCACGCGCAACAUGGAGAAAAGCCAAAAUUUGGUUCAGGUUGGCCGGGAGACCCUCAUUUCCGGCUUCAUCGUCGACUGGGACGGUGAUAAUAAUCGCUGGAUUGUUGAGGUCACUGGUGUCAGUCCUUGCACUGGCAAUGAAGGGAUCACUGCUAAGCAAACAGACCCCGCUGGGCAUGUAACCCCCGCUGGACGCGUCAGACCGGCUAAGCACAUUGCUACGCCCUCUACUCAAGCAAAUUCGGUUGCCGGACCUUCUUCUACUCCGUCCUCGACACCGUCUGUAUCAGCAGCUAAGCGCAAAGCUCCUCUGCCGGAAGAGCCACUACACUGGCCACCAGUAACAGGCCGCCGGACUCCCCCCGCUAAACACGUCGCCAAACCAGCCGCUGCCGCCACUAAGCCUCCUCGCACAAUCAGCAAAGGUAAAGGCAAAGCUGCCCCUCUUAUUGAUGAAGUGGAAGACGCGGUAGACGAAGAAUUAUUAUCCGAAGCCGAGUGGCCUGCCACGCCAGUUCCACCUGUCGUGAAGAAGCCCACCGCGAAAAGAGCAGCCCCAAGCAAAGCCAAGAAGGCUAAGUCUGCACCAAAACCAGUCGUACUCGAGGAGGAGGUCGUAGAAGAGGCUGACGAGCUCUCACAGGCGAGCGAAGGAGAAAUGGAGGAAUAG